AUGACGGUGCUAGGUGCCCUCCCGCUUGCAGUGGCAGCUGUGAACAGGGAGCCAAGUCUGCUACCUGGUAUGCGAUUACGUUUUAUCGCGGCCGAUAUCGGCCGACCUCGGCCUCCACUACCUUUGGAUAAGGACUCUCUAUCAUUACGGGUGAUGACGCAAAUGCGUGAUCUCGGGGUGGUGGCGUUCUUCGGCCCCGACGGCACGUGUCUGACCGAGGCGAAGCUCGCAGCCGCGUGGAACCUCCCCCUCAUAUCGCAUAAAUGCGCCGGUGCUCAUGGUUCUGGUGAAGCGGGUGGCUUGGGAGCAACAUUCGCAAGAACUCUACCUCCAGCUCACAAGGUCAGCAAGUCCGUGGUGGCGCUUCUGAAGGCUUUUGGCUGGAACAAGUUUGCUAUAGUGGCUGGUGAUGAGCGCACCGCAGCGGGACAGCAGAUGGAUGCCAUAAAAGAAUUGUCACAGAGCAAUGGGCUUGUGAUUACUGCGGAACAUCGCUUCACGGAUUAUCUUCCGCACAAAUCCGAAAACAUUGAGAGAAUUGUGGAUCAGACCUACGACAAAACUCGAAGACAGAUCAGAUCAGAUCAGAAGAUCGCAAUGGCUCCGUUAGGCAGGGUACACUGUGUUUCUGUGAACCGCGGCCGAGCCAAGAAAAAAGAUUGGGUUGUACUCGUUGAACCUAAAUAG